CUGGUGGGGCCCAAGGAGAAGAGCGUGGCGGGGCAGGUGUGCCUUAUCACGGGCGCGGGCGGCGGCCUGGGCCGCCUCUUCGCGCUCGAGUUCGCCCGGCGCCGGGCGCGCCUGGUGCUGUGGGACAUCAACGCGCAGAGCAACGAGGAGACUGCGGGCAUGGUGCGCCUCGUGUACCGCCAGCUCGCCGAGCCGUCCCCCCGCCCAGUCACUGGAGACGGAGAAAAGGAAGUUGUGCCCCCUUGCAAUUUGCAGGUUUACACCUACACCUGUGAUGUGAGCAAAAGGGAAGAUGUCUACUCCACAGCGGAGCGGGUGCGCAAGGAAGUCGGCGAGGUUUCUGUCCUGGUUAACAAUGCUGGGGUGGUGUCAGGGCACCACCUCCUCGAAUGUCCUGAUGAGCUUAUUGAGCGGACCAUGAUGGUCAACUGUCACGCACACUUCUGGACCACUAAAGCAUUCCUUCCCAAGAUGCUGGAAAUGAAUCAUGGACACAUUGUGACAGUUGCAAGUUCCCUGGGAUUGUUCAGUACUGCUGGAGUAGAGGACUAUUGUGCCAGCAAAUUUGGAGCUGUGGGUUUCCAUGAAUCUCUGAGCCAUGAACUGAAGGCUGCUGAAAAGGAUGGUAUUAAAAUGACCUUGGUGUGUCCUUACCUUGUAGAUACAGGAAUGUUCAGAGGAUGCAGAAUCAGAAAAGAAAUUGAGCCUUUCCUCCCACCGCUGAAACCAGACUACUGUGUAAAGCAGGCUAUGAGAGCUAUCCUUACAGACCAGCCCAUGAUUUGCACACCUCGCCUGAUGUACAUUGUAACUUUCAUGAAAAGCAUCUUGCCUUUCGAAGCAGUUGUGUGCAUGUACCGAUUCUUGGGAGCUGACAAAUGUAUGUAUCCUUUCAUUGCUCAAAGGAAACAGGCUACAAACAACAAUGAAGCAAAAAAUGGAAUUUAACCCUUUUUUUUGUAUGGACUAACCAUUGUAGGUAACUGUAAUAAAGUUACAUGCCUGAAUUGUGAAGUGCACUUGCAUCUAGCUGAUGCAAAUGACAACAUUUUUACUGUGGCAUUCUCUUGGAUCUCAAACCUGUGUAUUGAACUCUUUAAAAAAAGAAAAAUCUGUCUUUUUUACUUACAUACUGUAAAUAAACUGACUAGAAAACUUGGAAAAUGUGAUAGAUAGGCAAAGUGAACUUAAUGUAGCUGCCACCAUUGUUGUUUUGUUUUAUAAUGUUACUGAAAGUACAGGAAAGCUAGUCAUACUACUAUGUGAGCUCUCUUCCUCAGCCUGCCAAUGUUUUAAAAUGCUGUCUUCAACUAGAAGAUGCAGCAUCUCAUACUUUCCCUAUAGUAUUUAAAACAAAAUCAUGCAAUUUUAAAUACUCCCAUACUUUAGCAAAUUCAAGGACCGAGCCUAUGAAUGCAUUUCUCUCCACUUGUAGACGUAAGUUCAAAGGACAUGUGGCCAAACUGUUUGACUGCUCAUAUCAUUCUUUUUCUUUGAAAGAAGAAAAAGGAAGACAUUUUUUAAGUCUUUACCAAUUCAAAGGCAAAUGGGUUCUGGGGGAGAUACUCGGAGCAAAGCUAUAGCAGACAAAAUUUCUAGACAUGCAGUCAGUGGGUCCAACUGUUUCAAGUCAUUUGACUUGAAAUAUGCUCUAUUCGGUCCAUCACUCUGGAUGGUAGAGUACUGUCCACCCUAAUAGACUGUAUAUCUGUCUCCUCCUUUUUGUAACCUUGCUUCUGACAAAGCCCUUCCCUCCCCCUCUCAUGAAGUUGUAUUACACUUCUGUAGCUGGAGUCUUGCCUGAAAUACAAAGCAGCUCAGCUGAGAUACAAACUGUUUUUAUGCAAGUUCUGGUUUUGUGCCAGCUAUUAGCAAAGUUAACACAGAAUAAUGCUUAAUGCAACUUUAUAUGUGGCAUAUGGAAGGGUGUAAAGAUUUUUAAGUUCUAUUUGCAUUGUGGAACAGCAAAUGACUUUUUACAGUAUUUUUUGUAAAGCAAACAAUUUUUGUGCCUUGAAUUUGGUAAUCUGUGUAUUAGUGAAACAUUUGUAAAAGUGAAUUUCUACCUCUAUCUUAAUGUAUACCAUCCACUUGUAAAUUACUAUCAAACAAAUCAUGAUUACUUUUUUAGAAUGUCUUGUUUAACUAGUGACCAAUGUUCAUGGUUAUUAAAGUGAGCCACCUUUUA